CACCCAUUGAUUCGCUCCUGCGUCUUUCACGUUGGCUGUGCCGUUAAUGUAAUUGAAGGGGGUGGGUUUUUUUCCUCCUCUAUGUCCCCUUGGCACGAGGGCCCUGACACAGAAUUACACUCACACCCGUUCUCCGUCCCUCUCUCUCUGCUAGAUGUUGCCAGGGCUAUCGAGCUGCUGGAGAAGCUGCAGGAGUCGGGUGACGUGCCCGGACACAAGCUCCAGUCUCUCAAGAAAGUCCUUCAGAGUGAGUUCUGCACAGCCAUCCGAGAGGUGUACCAGUACAUGCAUGAAACCAUUACAGUGAAUGGCUGCCCAGAGUACCAGGCGAGGGCCACAGCUAAGGCAACAGUUGCAGCCUUCGCAGCCAGCGAAGGUCACUCCCACCCGCGAGUGGUGGAGCUACCCAAGACGGAGGAAGGGCUGGGCUUCAACGUGAUGGGCGGCAAGGAGCAGAACUCGCCCAUCUACAUCUCCCGCAUCAUCCCCGCAGGCGUGGCUGAGAGGCACGGCGGCCUAAAGCGAGGGGAUCAGCUCCUGUCCGUCAACGGUGUGAGCGUGGAAGGCGAGCACCACGAGAAAGCGGUGGAGCUGCUGAAGGCGGCCAAGGACAGUGUGAAGCUGGUGGUGCGCUACACCCCCAAAGUGCUGGAGGAGAUGGAGGCUCGCUUCGAGAAGCUCCGUACGGCCCGGCGGCGCCAGCAGCAGCAGAUCCUCAUGCAGCAGCAGCAACAGCAGAACGUGGCCUCUCAGCAGAACCACAUGUCGUAGGUUGUUCCAAAAGAAGAAGAAGUGAAGGAAAAGUGGAUCUCAAAAGACCAUCUGUUUGCGCUGAGGAUCCCAAAGGAAGCUCUCCGUCGCGGAGGAAAACCAACAAGUAGAAGACUCUUUUUCUUAAUCUCUCCCUUCCAGUGCACCACCGAUUACUGAGCAAAAACAAAGAGAGCCGUUCGUUCCUGAAACUGGUGCUUUGAAAAACAAGUAUGAGGGAGGCUAGCUCUGAAAGUCGUCCAUUUUAACUUCGUAUUCCCUUUUAUGAGUUGUUCUCCCCGGUUGUGAGUCUCCUUUUCUUGUGUUUGUUGUGUUUGUUUACAGUCAUCCACUUUUUGAUUGCUUACCGAACAUCCAUUAUGGCACCUUUGCCAUUUGUACAGUGGUGUUUCUAUUGAUUCGUCAACUGGUGCUCGUGUCUCUGUAUGAAUGACCAUCGGAUUCUUUCUCUUUUUUUUCGUGUCAAACUUGUCCUGUUUUGGAUAAACGUGAACUCUUUUUUACCUUCUAUAUUGUAGCAGGAACGAUUUUGUAUCUUGUAGGUUUAGCAAUAACACCCAAUCUUCUGCUUUCACACCUCGCCACUAAAUUCACGAUCGGAUACGUGCAUAUAUAUACAGAGUCUACGGGUGCACAUGUAAAUCGUUGUAAAGCAAACUGGGUCUUAUGUACUGUAAGGCAGCUUCUGUGUCCAAAUCUAUCCUCCGUGCCAUUUAAAGAGAUUACCGAUUUAAAAGUGGCACGGAUUUAUUUAUGUGCAAUAACUGGAACUUUGUAAGCUCCUCCCAACUGAGAUUUAUCUAGAACAAUAUAUCUUACCGUGAGAUUUUAUCGAGGUUCAAAUCAACCCUCAGAAAUGUUGUCCUGUUUCCGGCAGACAGACAGAAUGUCACCAGUUUUCAUCUGUGAGUGGGAGUUAGAUGAAAUUAUGAUUUUUCAGACAUGUCUAUACUGUAGUUUAUGAGAUCAGAGAUUUAACAUAAAGUUUUAUUGUUCCUUUUAAGUGUUAUGUAUUCUUUCUGAGACGUGCAGAUUAUUAUUUAAAAUCUAUUCCUUGUAUAACAGCUGAAUACUAGCACAUAGUUCAUGUCGACCUGCGCUUCUGUUCUGACAAUCAUCUUUCCUCCGUACCUGUAAGGGACAUCUGUUUCUAAACUUAGAGUGGUAAUUUCUGUCUUCUGCAUAUUUGGUGCUAAGCGCUCCUUGUUGUGUUCUUUUCUUUGCACUACACUUCCCAGAGAUCACGGCGUUGUCAAUUUGUGUGUCUGGUACCGUCUUGGGGUUUUCUGUCCUUUUGUUUUCUGUAGGUGGCGCUCUUCUCUUUCUUUGUUCAAACAUGCCGGCUUUUACCUCUUUUUCUUCUUCUAUUUACCAUAAACAAAUCCAAAACAUGAAACGCAUCACUUCCUGUAUGCCAGAGGACUCUCUUUUUUCACCCCUUGCUGUCUGUUAAGAGUGUCGGGAAGUUGCAUCUUUCAUGAAAAUGUUGCUGAUUAUUCCUUAUUGACAGAAAGUGAUCAUUUCCAUCUUUUCUGAUCUACAUAAUGGCACAAUUCCAGCAGAGCAAAACCCUUCUUCGUGCGUACUCCGUUCCACGCUGCCAGAUGUUGCCAUUCCCUCCACAGCCUGUUAGCACGAAGGUCACUUGUAUUCGGUGAACUCUGGGCUCAGGUUUUAAAGGACAUUCACUCACUCAUCCAGAAGAACAUCUCAAUACAACAGAUCCCUUUUUGUAUCUUUAAAUCACAGGUACUCUUUCUUAAUUGACUUACAUUUUUGAAGCAGAUGGUCCUGUACUUACCGUAAAGAUUAAAAAAAAAGACAACACACUGUUGAUAUGCAAUUGUUAUACAUACUAUAUUUGUAAAAAUAAAUCUAUGUGCUUGUGUACAGUGAA